AUGGCCAGACCGCCAAAAAGUCGAUGGAGCAUCAAGUGGUCGGACACACACAUCUUCAAAGCAGAGCAAGAAGGUGACAGCAUCUCGCCGAGUUGCGUCGAGGACUGGUGUCGCACGCUGGACUCGCAGCUGGAAGAACGGUUUGGGCCAACUGUGCCUGCGAAGCUGUCCGCUGCAAGCCUGAAUUUUUCUCGAUGCAGCCUUGAUGACACAGCCCUGACGAAGUUGCUGACGUACCUUUACAGCCGCGACAUAACCGUUCAGAUCCUGAAGCUCUUCAGGAACAACAUCACGGACUCCGGAGCCUGGGCUGUCGGCCAGUUCAUGGCGCACAGCUCCCAGGCAGUGCAUGAAGUGCACCUUAGCCACAACAGCAUCUCCGAAGAAGGUGCCGCGGCGCUCUUAGAGCUUAUUGUCUGGAGCCGGAAGUAUCCUUACGCAGCUGAGAAUACUGGGCGCCGGGACGCGCGUGGCUUCUCGCCGAUCUGGCUACGUCUCGAACACAAUUGCAUAGACUGGCGCUUAAUCGAUCACAGGCUUCACCGCCCGGACCUCACCUGGACCACGGCAGAGUCUCGAGAUAACUGGCCACCCAUGGGAGACACUUCGCCAACUAUUUGCUUGCAUGCCUCCUUCAGGAACCAGUACGACAGCCACGAGCACGGCUGGGACGAGGAUGGCAACUGGGCACCUGGAUAUGCAGCAGCGUCAGCCACUGCUGAUGAUGGGGGCUCGUUGCUGCUGGCUGCCCUCAAAGGAGAUGGUGCCCAGGACUUCGACAGGCAGCCUGUGCCCAAGCCCCGGCCUGCACCGCUGGGCGCUGCGGUGACGGCCAAAGCAGCCCGUGACAUCGCCAGUCCUGAGCACCUCUCCGUUGCAGAGCGAUCGAGGUUCCUGGAUGCAGGCGCUGCCCACCAGAUGCUCACACGCGAGGACGGUAUGUAUCGAUUUCAGGGCCUCUUGAACCUCGCAGCGACAGGGCAUAUGAAGUGCAUCCCGGAUGAUGAGAGCUGUCAGCUGCCUCCGUGGGUGGGGGAAGUGCAGGUCACCGGAGCGGCUGAGUUCAGAGGGCAUGCGAGGUGCCAGGUGUAG